AUUGUGUGAAGAGGCAAGGGAAUGGUACUAUAACAUUGUUGCCAAAAUUAUGUCCUCUGCAAGUAUUAAUUUCCACCGAUUAUCAAACCCUCUCUUUUGCUUGGACCACAUAUGCAUGCACUGCUUCGAGUUAACCUUCAUCUUGUUAAAUUCCUAUUAUCAUCAUUACUGUUUCCUUUUACAGAUACAUAGUACUUGUAUAGAUAGCUUGGUAGGGCAGAUAUUAAGAUAGAGACUCAGAGUGAAAUGCUCAUUUCUUAUCACCUACCUUGCCAUUUCCUUGCAUUCAUACCAUCGUAUCACAAAUUACUUUGAAGCUAUACAGUAUUACUGUUUGUUCGAUUUCUCUUCUUGCUCCUCGAUCCAAAGGCUAGGAUUUCUUCAUCUCUGCUUUAUCUAAUCGUGUACAAGUUUGUUUCUUUAUCACUGUUAGCUGGUUCGCAUUGAUUUUUAGGGUGUUUUAAGAGAUGGGUUUGAGUUCUAAGCAGGUUUCUAGUGAUGGGUUAGAUUGGAGCCAGGCCCUUUCGCAGGGACAGACCUUGGAGCUCCCUAAACCUCCUCUUGUAAGGCGGCAACAGCAACAAAACCAGCAGCAAUCAGAGCCCUUGAAGUGCCCGAGGUGUGACUCAACAAAUACUAAGUUUUGUUACUAUAACAACUACAACAAGUCUCAGCCAAGGCAUUUUUGCAAGACUUGCAAGAGGCACUGGACUAAAGGUGGCACUCUCCGCAAUGUUCCUUUAGGCGCUGGCCAUAAAAGCAAGCGUCUGAAAACGUCUAAAACCACGGCCAAAGCCUCCACAGCCGCCGCCACCACAAGCACCACCAGUAGAAGUACCAAUAAUGGCAGUAUCAUUAACAGGGCUAAUCCCCAAAUGGUAAUGAAAGCUCAGCAGCAAAAGAAGAAUCUUCCUCUUGCACUUGGUGAUCAGAAAAGCGUAUCUGAAAUUAUGUGCCAAGCAAUGAUUAGCCUACCAUCCUCAGCUUUGCAACAGAAUUCUGUGAGUUGCAGCAGCUUUUCUGGCGAAAAUUUCAACACCAUCAACAAUAGUGUCUUUUUGGAUUCAACUUUGUCUCUUCCCCAAAAUCAAGGGCUACACUUCCCUUAUUCAAGCACGUCAAGCACGUUUGACACACAUCCAUCUUUAAUUUCCACCUCCUUGCAGUCCUCAAAUCUUUAUAACUACGGUGGAGAAGCUAUGGAAGAUUCAACCAUCACCACCGUCAUGCCUACCACAAGCAGCACCAUCACUCAACAUUGGCAAGUGCCAAAUGCAAGCCGGGGCAUGGACAUGACAAGUUAUUGGAAUUGGGAUGAUAUAGAUAGUUUCGUCUCUACUACUCUCAAUAUUCCCUGGGAUGAUUCUGAGCUCAAUCCAUAGUUAGGGGGCUUCAAUUGACCAUUAGAAGUGUGUAUAAAACCUUUUCUUUUCUUUCUUUCCAAUUAAUUUUUAUUUAACUAUAUGUUGUUGGGAGUUUGUGAGUGAUAGAGGUGAGUCUCAUAUAUAAUGCCAGAGUCAAAAUUCAUGCGUUUUCUGGUUUUCAGGUCAUUUAUAAUGUAUAGUGUAACUAUUACGUAGUAAGUAGACUAAUCGAAGCUGUCCCUUUGUGUUGCAGCUUCAGGCUAAUAUAUGAAAUGUACAUUGUACUCUUUUAUCUUUCUUUUAUUUUUCUAUACACAUUGUCAUUUCAAUUCCAAGAUAA